UUGCUCAAGUAAUUCGGGGAUAAUGAGCCAGUCUCAGCAAACAUCGUCCUGGUCCGUGGAAGAGGUGUUGGAAUGGAUUCAGGAGCAGCACCCGGAACACAUUGAGUCGCUCUACAAAGGCAUCAUGAAACAUGACAUAUCAGGCCGAGCUUUGCUGAGACUAAAGGAGCAUCACCUGAAGCUUCUCGGGGUGGAGGAUAACGAGCAGCAGCAGGAAAUAUUGCAGGACCUUCUGCUCCUCAGAGUUCAGGAAGAAAUCAAUGAACUCAAUGACAUCUGCUCUGGAUGGCAAAACGACAGAAGGAUACCCAGCCGGGUUUUUUUAUUUCCCGUCUAUCCAUUCAUCUGUGCGAAGGAGAUUGAAAGGAUUGAUGGAAAUAACAAGAGAAGGUGAAUGGAAAGGGGGAUCGAUGGGGAAGAGAAGCGAGAAAGAAACCCAUUUCCUGUGUGAAAUUUGACCAGUGCAGAUGGAUGAGAUUAGUUUUUGUCUGGUUGUCCCUUUUUGAUCCCCUUUUGUCCAUUUGUCUCUGUCUUUCCCUUCUCUCUGUAUUCCGUUUAACCAUACCAAUAUCAAAUAACCUACGAAGAAAUCUGUAUUAAAUAAGAGAUAGAGUCCAAGAAUUCCCUUGUGGUUGCUGCUGAGAACUGCAAAUAAGCCAGAAUUUGAUGCAAGUAUUUUAAAAGUCUAGAAAAUGUUGGAAUAAGAAAUAGAGAAUGCAUGUUAUUUUUGUCUUGGGAAAAGGAAAAAAAGAAGUGUUUAACAUGUGGGGCAACCAAUUGUGCCCUUGCACAAUCAAUUCUGCACAUACAAAUGGUUUUAAAAAUACUCACCUGUACACUGUCUCCUGCAUUGUCUACAUU